UACUCUUUAGGAAGAAGCCAGCGCCACAGUCAAGUAUACGUGGUGGCUAUAAUUAGCGUGCCUAUAAUUUCUCUUAGAUUUAUAUCCCCAGACUUUUACUAUUGGGGUGAAGCAGCCGUAACUAGCUAGGUUGUGACGAGCCACAGGACACACAGACAGACAGCGGUGACACAGCACUACCGAGCAGCGUCACAGCAUCACAGGAAACAUGCCCAAGAAAAAUCCGGUUGAAGAAAAGGAGCCGAUCUUAACCGAGGAGAAGAAGAUCGCUUUCACGGCCAUAGAACAACAGUUGGACGAGCUUAAUAAUAUUGGAAAAGACAUCUGGCGACAGCGGGAAAAGCCAGGAAAAGAAUUCAAGUGUCACGAUCGUAUCGUCCGGUUCCUAAAGAGGAAAGGGUUCAAGGUCAUUGAGAAAUACAAAGGGUUCAAGUCGGCCUUCAGAGCCGAGUUUGGGGAGGGUGAAGUAGGUGGAGUAGAGCACCCCAACAUUGGCUUCCUGUGCCAGUACGAUGCUGACGAGGCCACGGGUCACUCUCGAGGUCACAACCUGGUCACAGUGGUAGCACUGACCGCCGCUCUUGGACUCCAGACUGUCAUCAAGUUCGCCACGGAACCGAUAGGGAUGGUGACAGUGAUUGGCUGUCCGGGCCACCCAGACAACACUGGGAAGAUCGCCAUGUUUGAUGAGGGCUGUUUUAAAGGGAUAGACUUCCUGCUGUCUGCCUACCCCAGUCAUUACACCAACGUCAAGCCUCACUUUAUCGGUGCUCAGAUGAAAAAAGUUGUAUUCCGUGGGCGGAGUCGUGCAGAGGGUGACCGCCCAUGGGAGGUGGCAAACCCCGUCAAUGCGGCAGUGCUGGCUUAUCAAAACGUGGCGGCCAUACGACAACAGUUCAAGGACGACUGGAUAGUCAAAGGUGUGAUCUCUGACGGUGGUACCAGAGCCGAUGUAAUGCCAGAGUACGCCUGUAUGGAGUUCAUGACGAAGGCGCCCAAACCUAUAGAGAUGAAGAUAGUGGGGGAGAUGAUACAGCGAUGUUUUGAGGCGGCUGCCAUUGCCAGCGGCUGUCGGUUUGAGACCGAGGUGACAGUGAAAGAGUUCCUGUGUAACGUCACGUGCAACCGACUGGUGGAACUUUACAAACACAACGCCGCCCUCAUGGGCUUCACGUUCCACAACAAGAGGAAAGCCAUAGAGAGUCCAGAUGAUAUCGCCAACGUGAGCACGUCGAUACCAACACUGAAGGUGUUCUACUACGCUGGUACAUCCGUGGAGAUUGGUACUGAUGAGUUCAGCAGGUAUGCAGGGUCCAAAGAAUGUGAGUUUAUGAGCAUCGUCCAGGGCAAGGCUCUGGCCAUGAUGGCCAUUGAUCUGAUGAUCUCCGAGGAGAACAUGAAGGAGGUCUUUGAGGAGCACCAGGCGGAGCUGGUCAAGUUGUACGAGUCAGCCGGCAUCAUGACGGUAGAGGCCAGCCAGCAGUGACCUCAGCUAGAACUACACAUUCAGCAAUAAGCCAGCCAUGACCUCAGCUAGAACUACCCAUUCAGCAAUAAGCCAGCAGUGACCUCAGCUAGAACUACACAUUCAAUAAGCCAGCCAGCAGUGACCUCAGCUAGAACUACACAUUCAGCAAUAAGCCAGCCAUGACCUCAGCUAGAACUACCCAUUCAGCAAUGACCUCAGCUAGAACUACACAUUCAACAAUAAGCCAGCUAUGACCUCAGCUAGAACUACACAUUCAACAAUAAGCCAGCCAUGACCUCAGCUAGAACUACACAUUCAGCUAUAAGCCAGCCAUGACCUCAGCUAGAACUACACAUUCAAUAAGCCAGCCAGCAGUGACCUCAGCUAGAACUACACAUUCAGCAAUAAGCCAGCCAUGACCUCAGAUAGAAGCUACCCAUUCAGCAAUAAGCCAGCCAUGACCUCAGAUAGAAGCUACCCAUUCAGCAAUAAGCCAGCCAUGACCUCAGAUAGAAGCUACCCAUUCAGCAAUAAGCCAGCCAUGACCUCAGAUAGAAGCUACCCAUUCAACUAUAAGAAAACGUUAUUGUCAGUCCAUUCCCCCUAGAACAGCAAAAACCUGCAUUAUUAGCCACCCUCCCCCUUCAACUACAAACAAUUAUCAUAACUGUUAUACACCCCCACCCAUUUAUCCCACCCUAUCUGAUACCAGCCAUGCCACCUCCCCUCCCCAUCCCACCCCUGUUGCUAGCCUAGUCUGAUCAUGUCUACAACGUGUCUACUAGCUACCAUUCUCCAGCAAUGUACCAAUGUUUGACAAUAGAUGGAAAAAGUAAAUAAACGAAAAAAAAUCAAAUAUGCAUAAAAAUAGAACUAAGUAGUAAAACUAUUAGCUAAUAAAUAUUCCAAGUGUAUAA